GUGCCGCAGGGCGCGCAGGGAAUCGGGGCGCCGUCCCGGAGCCGGGCGGGGUUUGGGCUACUCGUGAGUUGGCAUCGCUGUCGGAUGCAGAGUUUAAUGGACGUGCUUGCACUGCUCAAGGUUUGAGAGGCCUGAAGCCAGACUAGAACUUAAAUAGAAUGGAUACAUACUUCAAAGCUGCAGUCUGUGACUUGGACAAACUGCUGGAUGAAUUUGAACUGAAUACAGAUGAAUGCGACCUCUCCAGAGCUCCUCAAAAUCCAUAUGAUUCAAAACACCGUUCCCUUCCUCUGGAUUUGGGUUUCUUGCAACAUGUAUACCCAACGCAAAAACCACUGGAGAAUGCUAACAGCUGUCCCGCGUCAGAAGAAAUCUCUCAAGCCAGCCACACCAGACCAAAUGAAGGGAUCCCGAAUUGUUCAUCACAAAAUGAGAGGAGUGUUCCUGGGCCUGAUAUUUUGACCAUUGUGAACGGUGCUUCGUCAGAAGGAAGUCAGGGUUCAAACCUGAAUUCAAAUGUGUAUGAUCCCAGAGAUGAGACAGCUUGUGAAAAAUUGCCUUCUGAGCCACAAGAUGGAAGCAUGUGCUCUCCAGUGAGUGAAGAGAUACAUGGAGGAAAUACUGCAGAAUGUGUGACCUUGGAAGAUCAGUGUAAAAUGGAAUCCAUGCCUUCAAAUCUGCCACAUACACAUCAGUUGGACAAAAGCCAUGGAACAUUGCCUGAAAGUCAUGCUUUACAAGGCUCUAUGUGUCAAACAGGGGCUGAAGUAGAACUAGAAGAGCAAAUUACGGAAGAGAAUGUGGGUAGUGAAAAAGUUGCUGGCAGUGAAGUACUAAACAGUGCUUUACCUUUAUGUGAAUCAGUCGAGGAUGUCCAGACGUCACUGCUACAUCUUCCACCACUUCCUGUAUCUCCAUGUGGUUCCUCAGUUGUAACAGAAGAAAAAGUUAAUUCUGUACCUCAGGAUGAAAUAGCAGAGGUUAUUAGUGACACUUUAACAACUGAUCUCUCUGAUUGUGAGUCCUGCAAAGAGACUGACUUACAUGAACAGGAAGGAUAUCUAACUAAAAUCAACCAAAUUAUUGUAGAAAAAAGUGAUGGAGAGACAUGUAAUACUGAGAAUGUAAUUGAUGAUAGUGAUUCUGAUCAAGUCAAAGCUAUUGCUUCUACUUUUAUGGAAUAUGAAGCUGAGCCAUAUGGCAUUGAUAUAGACUGUUACUAUGAUGAAAGUGUGAGCCAAACUGUAGCUAACUUUACUGUUGAGGAGGGUAUUAUUGAAAGUAAUAGUCUUGUAAGUGAUGCAGAGCUUGAUGAAUUCUUGUAUGGGCAAAGUCAUCUGUCCAGUUCAUUGAAUUCUUUAAGCAAUAGUAAUAACUUAAUGGCAGCUGACACAGAAGGGAAUCUGGGGGAUGAGAACCUGGAUUUCACACAGGUUACUGAAGAACAUGCUCUGACAAAACUGGAGGAUAUAACUAGCAUCAGUAGCAAUCUUGAAGUCUGUCUUGCAGCCCAUAAGUUGAAACCUCCACCAGAGGAGAGUGCAUUUCAUAUUCAAAAUGUGUCUGAGCGUGAUAGUGAGGCACAGGUUUCAAAGAUUCCUAAUGAAAGUGCAAGACCAAAGCUGUUGUGUGACAGUACGCAAGGAAAUGUUCAGAAACAACUGAAUCAAACACAUGUGCUUGAGAAAGCAAUUACUCCAGAAGCUCCCUUCUCAAGGAACAGCAUUACUUCUGAUGAAAAUUCUGAACCUGCGGGGGAGAUUGGCACUGAAGCAAGAAAAACUUUUCAAAGCGUAGAAUCACUAAAAACACCUGCAGCUCUUCUGCAGAAACAGCCGUUGUGGGUUCCUGAUUCAGAGGCACCCAACUGCAUGAACUGUCAAGUGAAGUUCACCUUUACAAAAAGACGACACCACUGUCGUGCGUGUGGAAAAGUUUUUUGCGGUGGUUGUUGCAAACGAAAGUGCAAAUUACAGUACAUGGAAAAGGAAGCAAGAGUCUGUACUCGCUGCUAUGAUGAUAUUAAUAAAGCACAAGCAUUUGAAAGGAUGAUGAGUCCAACAGGUCCUGCCCCUAAUUCCAGUGUCUCCUCUGAGAAUUCUUCUGCUCCACCUUUGCAGGAAGCCUGUAUAACUGGUAGUGCCAGCUGCCCCUUAUUUUCUUCACCAUUACCCAUUUCAGCACUUAAACAAUCUGAUAAUGAAGAGUUAUGCCCCAAAGAACAGAAGAGAGUUUGGUUUGCAGAUGGUAUUUUGCCAACUGGCGAAGUGGCAUAUACAACAAAGCUUUCAUCUGGAGCAAAGAGGUCGUCUCAGGACACAGUACGCCCUGAUGUGCCAGAGCUGCAUAUGGGUGCAAAUGCAGAGGAAGAUGACAUACCAACUGAUGUAAAUUCAAAACCAGAAGAAGAAAUGGAUGUUAUCACAAGAACAGAGGGAUUAUGUCCUUCUGUUGUUCCGGAGGAUGCACAACAGACCAUUUCCAGCCAGAGCAAGAUGAUUGAUAGUGAUAAAUCUGUGACUCCAGACACUAAAGAGUGUUCUUCCACCACGGAAUCUGAGAAGACUAGAACUAAUAUAGCAGAUUGGGCUAAAAGUGAUAUGCCUGUUAGUCCUACAAGUUACAGAGCACUUUGUGGUGUUGAAAACUGUGUUCGGAAAGAUGUCAGCCUUCUUCCAGAUGGUGAUAAGCUGCCACCGCUUCUGCUUGCCAUGGGUGAAAAAGGAAAAGAUCCCCUAGUGGAAGAAAAUCUGUCACACCAACAGGUCGCCUUGCUUCUUGAGAAAGGAGGUGCCAGUCCAUUAACUUUUAUCCUAAAUGCAAACUUGCUUGUGAAUGUCAAGUUAAUAUCUUAUUCUUCAGAAAAAUGCUGGUACUUCUCAACAAACGGGCUACAUGGUUUGGGGCAGGCAGAAAUUGUAGUUCUGUUGCAGUGUUUGCCUGAUGAGAAGACUUUUCCUAAUGAAAUAUUCAAAUUAUUUAUUGACAUCUAUAAGAAUGCAGUAGAAGGAAAGUUAAUAAGAAACAUGGAAAAUGUGACUUUUAGUGAAAAUUUUCUCAGUAAUGAAGACCAUGGAGGAUUCCUGUUUGUUUCACCUACUUAUCAGAAACUUGAUGAUUUAAUGCUACCAGAUAACCCUUUUCUUUGUGGUAUUCUAAUCCAUAAGAUGGAAAUACCCUGGGCAAAAGUUUUUCCAAUCCGUUUAAUGUUGAGACUGGGAGCAGAAUAUGGGGUAUAUCCAACUCCUCUAGUAAGCUUCAGACAUCGAAAGCCGCUCUUCGGAGAAAUAGGACAUACAAUUAUGAAUCUACUUGUUGACCUUAGAAACUAUCAAUAUACUUUGCAUACAAUAGACAACCUGUUUGUUCACGUGGAAAUGGGUAGGAGCUGUAUUAAAAUACCCCUAAGGAAAUAUAAUCAAGUGAUGAAGGUGAUAAAUUCCUCUAAUGACCAUGUAAUUAGCAUUGGAGCCAGUUUUAAUACUGAAGCAGAUUCUCACUUUGUGUGUGUGCAGAAUAAACAAGGUCACUAUCAUACGCAAGCAAACAGCACUAAUGAACACCCUCGAAAAGUUACAGGUGCAAGUUUUGUGGUAUUCAAUGGAGCCUUAAAGACAUCUUCGGAAUUUCUAGCUAAAUCCAGCAUAGUUGAAGAUGGAUUAAUGGUCCAGAUAACACCAGAGACAAUGGAAAGCCUACGUCAAGCAUUAAGAGACAAGAAAGACUUCAAAAUAACUUGUGGAAAAGUGGAUGGAGAAGGUCUAAAAGAAUAUGUAGAUAUUUGCUGGGUGGAAGAUGAAAAAAAAGCAAACAAAGGAAUUUUAAGCCAAGUGGAUGGAAAAUCAAUGGAAGGAACUCAGAGUGAAAAAAUAGCACACACCAGAGACUUUGAGAGAAAAGGAAAAGUUGUGAAGUGUACCGAAGUGUAUUAUUUCCAAAAGGACCAUGAACUACCCAGUCCUGUUCAUCUCCAGUUUGCUAAAGACAUCGCUGCUGCCUGCUGUUCUGCUCUUUGUCCACACCUUAAAACCCUGAAGAAGAAUGGGAUGAAUAAGAUAGGCCUGAGAGUUUCAGUUGACUCAGAUAUGGUUGAGUACUUGGCAGGAUCUGGGGGUCAGCUUUUUCCACAGAAGUACCUGAAUGAACUGGACAAAGCUCUGAUUCCUGUGAUCCAUGGUGGGAUGUCGGAUCCUGCAAGCUUACCGCUGAAAAUGGAAUUAAUGUUUUUCCUUAUGGAACAUUUAUUUUGAGACCAAUUUCUGGCAAGAUACUGGUUCGCUAGCUCUGAACACCAAAGCUCAGUGCGUCAAACACUAAAGAUCAAAUUUUCUAAAACUGUUUUGAUUUUAAUGGAUUUUGAAACUAAAUUUAAAACAGGAAUCUAACUUUCAUUUGUUACUUUACCACAGAAACAAGUGUAGUUUGUAAUGUUCUCUAACGUUCUGAAACUUUACACUUAAUACAGCUGCAGAAGAAGGCAGUUGCUUACCUCUGUACACUACUGUAGCACUUACAUUGUUUAGUGUAACUUCCAGCCAUGCUAUCUUGCCUCUUAACAUCAGAUAAGUAUUAAAGAAAUUGCUGCAGUCAGAUCUAAUCUCAAUCUGAAGCAUGUCCUUUCCAUAUGCGAAGAACUUUUUUGCUAUUUGAGGUGCAAACUUGAAGUCUUAGGUUGCUGACUGCAUACUUUGCCACUUGUACUUGCGCCAGUAUAAAUAUAGGUGGACACCUCCUGACACUUGUUUUGAGAAAUCAUAGAAUGGCUUAAAGUGAAAGGGACCUUAAAUAUCACCUAGUUCUAAUUCCCCUGCCAUGAGAUGAGGCUGCCCAGGGCCUCAUCAAACCUGGUAUUGAGCAUCUCCAGGGAUGGGACAUCCACAGCUUCUCUGGGCAGCUGGGCCAGGGCUUUAGCACCCUGUAAAUAAAGAACAUCUUCCUAAACAUCUAACCUAAAUCUCCCCUCUUUUAGUUUAAAGCCCUUCCACCUUGUCCCAGCACUGUUUGACUAUGUAAAGUUAAGCUCCCUGUAAGUAGCGGAAGGAUACCAUGAGAUGGCUGCAGAGCCUCCUCUGGAGUACUGCAUCCAGGCUUGGUCCCCAACACAAAAAGAUGCAGAGCUGUUGGAGCUGGGUACAGAGAAGGGCCACAAAGAUGAUGAGAGGGCUAGAGCACUUCUCUUAUUAAGAAGCAGUAAGGGAGCUUGUUUCUUCCAAACCUCAUUAGAUUCGUGUGGGCCCACUUCUUAAGCCUGUCCAGGUCCAUAAGGAUGGUAUCCCUUCCUUCUGUUGUAUCAGCUGCACUACUCAGCUUGCUGAGGGUGCACUUGAUGCAACUGUCAAUCUUAUUGAUAAAGAUGCCAAGGAGCACUGGUCCCAAGACAGACCUCUGAGGGGACCCUGCUCAUUACCUGCCUCUACUUGGAUAUAGAUCCAUUGACCACACAUCUUUCUGGCCAUCAUAUAUUCCACCCUUCAAAACCCACAUCUCUCCAAUUUAGAGAUAAGAAUGUGGUGGGGCCAUGUCAAAGGCCUUGCAGAAACCUGGGUAGAUGGCAUCAGUUGCCCUUCCUUUGUCCACAGAUGCUGUCAUCACAGAAGGCCACCAGGCUGGCCGGCAGAAUCUGCCCUUGAUGAAGCUGUGCUGGCUGCCUCGGAUCACCUGCUUGUUUUGCGUGUGCCUUAACACAUGUUCUAGGAGGAUCUGCUCCAUGAUCUUCCCAGGUGCAGACCCAGGCUCACUGACCUGUCAUUCCCCAGGUCUUCUUGCUCUGCCCUUAAAGUGGAAGGGGUUUUGCUCACCUAGCCUCAACCUGUUAUGUUCAGGAAUGUAACAGGCGUGGAAAGCCUGAUUGACAGUAAUGAACGAGUCAGCCUUCUCCAUGUCUGUUGUAUUUAGUUCUCCCUUCUAAGCUGUCAGACGGGGUAUGCUCUCCUUUGCAUGUCUCUUCCAACCAAUGUACCGUAGAAUCUCUUCUUGAUAUUUUUCACAUCUUGGCAGGUUUCGUUCCACCUGUGCCUUGGCUUUUCUCAUUCCAUCUCUGCAGGACAACUGGCCUUGUUACCUUAUUGGAGGAGCCCUCGCAAAUUCCUUUAGGGCACAUCUGAGGUUUUCCCCUCCUCCUUCCUCAAGUGACAGUGUUCCCUGGUUCUUCUCUGUCUCUCAGCAGUACAUCCCCUUCCCUCAUCAAAUCUGUUUUAAAAGAAAAAUUGCAAUUAAGUUUACAACAGCAUUGUAAAUUAAGUCCUGACUUAAGAUACCAUGCUGGUUCUUCAGGACCGUAUGCUUCUGAAUUACUUCUUGUAGAAAAACUGAUUCUUGAAUUUAUAGGGAUUUAUCUUACUAAAACAGAUGCUAUUUUUAUAAAUAUUGAUCUUUUCUUUUACUGGAUGUUCAAAAGUCCUGACGCAAUCUGACCUUUCAAGGAUUAGUAAAAAGCCAUCUUAUCCUUGAAGUAAUCUAUGUGUAGCAAUAAGUGCAGAAUUCCUGUCUAUCUUUUCUGCUUCCUUCUCCGGCUUUUCUUAUCUCUCAGUAGCCUCCUUUAUUUUCAGGGAGGACAGAUGUAUUAAGUGUGAGUUUUCAUGAACAGAAAAUUGUAUGUAUUUUUUUAUAUUGGGUCCUUAAAAUCUAUUUAUGUACUCGGGAUGCACGUGAUUUGUACCAAGGUUCCAUGAACCAAGGAUUGGUAACUGUCACAAGUCUUUACCAAAAAGAAAGCAACGAAACCAAGUCCAAGGUCGAUGUUGUUUUCAGUAAAAAUGCUGGUACAGGUUUAUGAGGCUAUUAACACUUUGCUGUCUUCUCGAUGCUCACUGGGGAUAUUUUAUGUUUUUGUCUCAGACACAAUUUAUAGCUUAACCUCAUCAGCUCUGUGCUUAGAAAACACAGAAGCGGUGGAAGAUUUCAGGCCUGGAGGAUACUGGGGAUACAUCAGAGCUGAUUCUUCUGCAAACUGUAGCUGCAGAGGGGAGCCGCGGCCCGCACGGUGGGCAGCUGCGUGCAAACGGGUCGUGCCUCGAUCUCACCGCGCGACUCUCCGCUGUUUCCUCUGGUUAACGAACGCAGUGAGGUGCGGGCGGCAUUCCUGCGUACGUCGCGCGGUCGGGUAACCGGAGUAUCCGUUCUGCCAUUUAUUCUGCGCUAACGAUGUCUAAGAGUUAAAUAAAGCUUCGCUCUUAUUUUAAUAAAGCAG